GCCAUGGGCCCAGGGGCUCUGCUGGUCCUGCUGGUGGCCACAGCUUGGCUUGGUCAAGGGGUCCCGGUGUUAGAGCCCAGCAGCCCUGAGCUGGUUGUGGAGCCGGGUGCAACGGUGACCCUGAGAUGUGUGGGCAAUGGCAGUAUGGAAUGGGAUGGUCCCACCUCCCCCAACUGGACCCUGGACUCUGAUGCCACCAGCAGCAUCCUGACCAUGAACAACGCCACCUUCCAAAACACGGGAACUUAUCGCUGCACUGAGCCUGGAGACCCCAAGGGGGCAAGUGCCACCAUCCACCUCUAUGUCAAAGACCCUGUCCGGCCCUGGAAUGUGCUAGCAAAGGAGGUGACGGUAUUCGAGGGUCAGGAUGCACUGCUGCCCUGCCUGCUCACCGACCCAGCACUGGAGGCGGGUGUCUCGCUGGUGCGCGAGCGCAGACGGCCUGUCAGGCGCCAAACCAACUACUCCUUCUCGCCCUUGCGUGGCUUCACCAUACACAAGGCCCAGUUCAUUGAGAGCGGGGACUACCAAUGCAGCGCCCUGGUGGGUGGCAGGAUGGUGACAUCCAUCAGCAUCCGGCUCAAAGUGCAAAAAGUCCUCCCAGGGCCCCCAGACUUGACACUGGAGCCUGCAGAGCUGGUACGGAUUCGAGGGGAAUCUGCCCGGAUUGUGUGCUCAGCCAGCAAUGUUGAUGUCAACUUUAAUGUCUUCCUUCAACGUGGAGACACCAAGCUCACAAUCCCUCAGCAAUCCGACUUCUGUGAUAACCGCUACCAAAAAGUCCUGACCCUCGACCUCGAUCAUGUAGGCUUCCAAGAUGCCGGCAACUACUCCUGUGUGGCCACCAAUGCCCGGGGCGCCCACUCCACCUCCAUGGUCUUCCGGGUGGUAGAGAGUGCCUAUUUGAACUUGACCUCUGAGCAGAACCUCCUCCAGGAGGUGACCGUGGGUGAGAAGCUCAACCUCAAAGUCAAGGUGGAGGCCUACCCAGGCCUGCAAGCUUUUAACUGGACCUACCUGGGACCCUUCUCUGACCACCAGCCCAUCCUUGAUUUUGUCACCAUCAAAGAAACAUACAGGUAUACCUCUACCCUCUCCCUGCCUCGCCUGAAGCCCUCUGAGGCUGGCCACUACUCCUUCCUGGCCAGAAACACCAGAGGCUGGAGUGCUCUGACCUUUGAGCUCACCCUUCGAUACCCUCCAGAGGUAAGCGUCACGUGGACCCUCAUCAAUGGCUCUGUUGCCCUCUUAUGUGAUGCCACUGGGUACCCCCGGCCCAACGUGACAUGGCUGCAGUGCAGGGGCCACACUGAUAGAUGUGAUGAGGCCCAAGUGCUGCAGGUCUGGGAGGACUCUCACCUCGAGGUCCUGAGCCAGGAGCCCUUCCACAAGGUGACGGUCCAGAGCCUGCUGACCAUUGGGACCUUACAGCAGAACACCACCUACGAGUGCAGGGCCCACAACAGCGUGGGGAACAGCUCCCACUCCAUCAAGCCCACCUCUGUAGGAAGCUACACUCAGCUCCCUGACGAGUCCCUGUUCACACCGGUGGUGGUUGCUUGCAUGUCCGUCAUGGCCUUGCUGCUGCUGCUUCUCCUGUUGCUUUUGUACAAGUACAAGCAGAAGCCCAAGUACCAGGUACGCUGGAAGAUCAUCGAGAGCUAUGAGGGCAACAGUUACACCUUCAUCGACCCCACCCAGCUGCCCUACAAUGAGAAGUGGGAGUUCCCCCGCACCAACCUGCAGUUUGGUAAGACCCUUGGAGCCGGUGCCUUUGGGAAGGUGGUAGAGGCCACAGCCUUUGGUCUGGGCAAGGAAGACGCUGUCCUGAAGGUGGCUGUGAAAAUGCUGAAGUCCACGGCUCACGCUGAUGAGAAGGAGGCCCUCAUGUCAGAACUGAAGAUCAUGAGUCACCUGGGCCAACAUGAGAACAUAGUCAACCUUCUGGGAGCCUGCACCCAUGGAGGCCCUGUCCUAGUCAUCACUGAGUACUGCUGCUAUGGUGACCUGCUCAACUUUCUGCGAAGGAAGGCUGAGGCCAUGCUGGGAUCCAGCCUGAGUCCGGGCCAGGACCCCGAGGGGGGCACUGGAUACAAGAACAUCAACCUGGAGAAGAAAUAUGUCCGCAGGGACAGUGGCUUCUCCAGCCAGGGUAUGGACACCUAUGUGGAGAUGAGGCCUGUUUCCACUUCUUCAAACGACUCCUCUGAGCAAGACCUGGACAAGGAGGAUGGACGGCCAUUGGAGCUCCGGGACCUGCUCCAUUUCUCCAGCCAAGUGGCCCAGGGCAUGGCCUUCCUUGCUUCCAAGAAUUGCAUCCACCGGGAUGUGGCAGCCCGAAACGUACUGUUGACCAGUGGGCAUGUGGCCAAGAUUGGGGACUUUGGGCUGGCUAGGGACAUCAUGAAUGACUCCAACUACAUCGUUAAAGGCAACGCCCGCCUGCCUGUGAAGUGGAUGGCCCCAGAGAGCAUCUUUGACUGCAUCUACACGGUUCAGAGCGACGUCUGGUCCUACGGCAUCCUCCUCUGGGAGAUCUUCUCCCUUGGGCUGAACCCCUACCCUGGCAUCCUGGUGAAUAGCAAGUUCUAUAAACUGGUGAAGGAUGGAUACCAAAUGGCCCAGCCUGCGUUUGCCCCAAAGAUCAUAUACAGCAUCAUGCAGGCCUGCUGGGCCCUGGAGCCUACCAGCAGACCCACCUUCCAACAGAUCUGCUCCCUCCUUCAGGAGCAGGCCCACGUGGACAGGAGAGAGCAGGACUAUGCCAAUCUGGUAAGCAGCAGUAGCAGUGGUGGCGGUGGCAGCAGCAGUGAGCCAGAGGAGGACAGCUCUAGUGAGCACCUGGCCUGCUGUGAGCAAGGGGAUAUCGCCCAGCCCUUGUUGCAGCCCAACAACUACCAGUUCUGCUGAGGCAGUGACGAAACAGGGAGCUUCAACUCCUCCAUGAAGGGGUGACAUGGGGAGAAUAUACAAACUCUGCCCUGGGUCAUUUCACUGAACAGCUCGGCUCAGCUCUGAAAUUUGGGAAUGUGAGGGUCCAGGGGAGGUCAGAGAGGACCCCAUUCCCACAGCCUGGGCCAUCACUGCCAGUCAGGGGCUGGGGGCUAAGCCCCCACCCUUUCCCUCCAACUGCUCUCAUGGUGUUGGCCUCAUGUUCACUAUGCCAACUAGUAAACCGCAGCUUACUCUCUUAAUCUUGUUCCCAUGUCCAAAACCUUCCC